AUGAAGUACAUGAGGGACAUGCAAAUGGAUCAUUUCAGUGGGAAGGCCAGUGCCACCUCUGCAGAUAACUGGAGGAGGAAGCUGGAGAAGAACUUGGAUGCAACCAGGUGUCCAGCCGAGUUCCGUAGGGAAUUGGCUGUUCAUUACCUGAAAGACGAAGCCAUGAUAUGGGGGGAAGGUGUCGUGGAAUUAGCGCGAGGACGCUAUGAGUUGACUUGGGAGGACUUUAAGGAUGAGUUCACCCGAGAGUAUGUUCCCCCUGAGGCUACAGACAAGAUGGAGAACGACUUUGAGAAUCUGCGCCAAGGGAACAAGACAGUGAAAGAGUAUAAGGAAGAGUUCAAUCGUUUGAGAAGGUUCGCCCGCAGACGCAUGGAUGAGCAAGACCUGAUUCGCAAAUUCAUGAAUAGACUAAGGGUUGAUUUGAAGAACAGGUGUUCCCUUAGGAAGUAUGACCGUUUUGCGGAACUUGUUGAGACAGCAGCUUUACAGGCUUGGAAGAAGAAAGCAAGCUUACAAGGAGCACUCAGUCAAAGGCGACCAAGCGAACUUGGGAAGUCGCUAAUACACCACAAGCCGCAAAAAGUGAAGGAGGAAGAAGGACACACUUCGAAUGCAUGUCGUAUGCCAGCGCAGGGAGCUGGGCGCAAUGAGCAGUUACCGCCACAACCAAAAAUACAAGAUGUGGCUGGACGAGCCUUCGUAGUCGGGGACCACGAAGGAGGAGAACCGAUCGUUGGAUCGAUUUUAGUUGGGGGAAUAAAUGCCCAUGCCUUAUUUGAUACUGGCGCAACACAUAGUUUUGUGUCUCCCACUUUGACAAAGUGUUGGACCUUUGAGGGCAUGUUCGUUUUGAACGGCAAAGGAAUAGAAACCGCAGGGACCGAGUUAAUGAGGUCUACUGGAACGUAUGAGGAUGUCCCCAUCGUCAUAGAAGACAUUGAGCUUAAAGGAAAUUUGGUGGAGAUGGAGUUAAACCACUACGAGGUGAUCUUAGGCAUGGAUUGGUUGACAUAUCACAAGGCCGUGAUUGAUUGCCCAAAGACGCGCGUCUACAUCCCUAGGACUGAAGGGAGAAUAGUUUUCCAAGGGAUAAAGAGAAGUACGGGAAUCCCCAUCAUAUCCAUGAUGCAAGCAGAAGAGUUAUUGGAGAAAGGAAGUGAAGCUUAUCUCGCCACUAUCAACAUCAAGGGAUCAGAUAAGGAAGCCGACUUAGGCACCAUUCCAGUUGUAGCCGAGUAUACCGAUGUUUUUGAACCCUUGACAGGACCGCCACAACGCGAGGUGAUGCGUUUACUGUAG